AUGUAUACUCUUUCAGCAACUCCACUCAUUCCCAACCCUUCCUCACACUUGACUUCAUUUUGUGAAUUCUUGUCACCCUCGAACACCAUUAUUGAAUUACAGGCUCAUUUAUUCAAAUCAAAACAUCAUUUAGUGCUCUCUUGCAAUCUCUCCCAACCAUCAUCAUCGGACUUCAUUUCAUCAAACUUGAGUGAAAAAAUAUUGAAUUGUGUGAAAUUUAAUUUAUUCCGUUAUUUGGAUUUACAUAUUUCAAAUUCCUCACGUGAAGAGACUCUUAACGAAAUUGAAAUUCAAUGGAAAUCAAAUCAUGAGUCAAAUCAAAAUUACCAAGAUCAUGAAUUAAUUUUAGAAAUGACAAUCCGUGUGAAUGGCUAUACUUUUCAACAUUUAGAAAAUAACAUAAUUCUUCACCAACGAGCUCAAUUUAUUGAAAAGUUACUUCAAUCUUAUUCGUUGCAUCAUGAAAAAACCAAUCAUGAUUCAUCACAUCAUUCUGUCAUGAUAUCAUUUAAUACCAUCCAUGGAGAGCACGAAUCAAUGGAUGAUUGGCUGAAAAAGAAUGUGGACCAUAUACAUUACAUUCUCAUUACACAUUUUCGAGAGAGUUUGAGUGGUUUACAUUUUGCCAUGGCUUCCUUGAUACAGUGCAUUCAAUUAGAUCGAGAGGCCACUAAAAUUGAUCAUGAUACACCAACGCUUCCAUGGCGUGGUUUUAUGCUGGAUUGUUGCAGACACUUCUUUUCUAUUGAAACAAUUCAAGACUUGAUUGACAUUUUAUACAUUUACAAAUUUAAUGUUUUUCAUUGGCAUUUAACAGAAGAUCAAGCUUGGAGAAUUGAAAUUUCAGCAUUUCCCAAACUCACCGAAAUUGGAGCCUGGAGAAAAUACAGGUUAGAUGAACAACAAGUAGGAAAUGAUGAUCAAUUCUAUGGUGGAUUUUAUAGCAAGAGUGACAUUUUAAAAAUUGUUGAUUAUUGCCAUUUGAAAGGAAUUCUAAUAGUUCCAGAAAUUGAGUUACCUGGACACUCCUCUGCUGCUGUCAUUUCAUAUCCAGAAUUGGCAUGUCAAGUUGCUGAUAAAAAUACUCUCACGGACAUGACACCACCAAAUGAAUGGGGAAUAUUUGGUGACGUUUAUUGUGCUGGAAACGAAAAUACUUUCAAAUUUCUGGAAACAGUUCUCGAAGAGGUGAUGCAAUUAUUUUCUCAUUCCCCAAUUAUUCACAUUGGAGGAGAUGAAGUACCAUUAUCCUCUACUUGGACGCGCUGUUCCAAAUGCAAAGAAUUAUUAUGCAAUAGAAACAAUCAAGAAGAAGAAAAACAGAGUCACCAACUUGAUUUGCCUGAAAUGACCACCAAACAAUUAUACUCUUAUUUCAUUGAUAGAAUUUUCACAUUCUUAAAAUCCAAAGGUAAAUGUAUGACUGGUUGGGAUGAAGUGAUUAUGGACUCAACCAACAAGGCCACGGUCAUGAUGAAAGACAAUUCGUCCUCUCUCAUGAUUCAAUCCUGGAGAGGCACAGAAGGAGCACAAAGAGCCAUCCGCAAAAAUAUUCACACCAUACUCUCUCCCACGAGUCACUGUUAUUUUGAUUAUGGCAUUGAGCUAAUUCCAUUGAAGAAAGUCCUUUUAUUUGAUCCUCUUAAAAUGUGUGGAGAUCAGAAUACUUCUUUGCAACAACAACAACAACUCAUUCUUGGAGGUGAAUGUAAUUGUUGGACAGAGAGAAUGCAAACUAAGGAAAAGCUUCAACAAAUGAUCUUACCAAGAUUGUUGGCCAUGAGUGAAUCGUUAUGGUUUGGUAAAGAUGAAAUGACUCAUUCCAUGCAUGAGUAUUAUUGUGAAUUUUUAGAUCGAUGCCAACAACAUUAUUGUACCAUUUUGAACAAGUUUAACAUUGGAAAGGAAUGUUAUCCAUUAGAAUGUGAGUUGGAUGAAAAGAAUGGAAAUAUUCAUCUUACCAAAGUGGAUGAAAAUGAUGAAAAGCAAGAAAUUUACUUUUCCAUUCCAGGAUGCACAAAUGGAUAUGUGAAAUUUGAAGAAGAUCUCUCUCCAACAACAUUGUUUUCUCACACUCCAAGAGAAGUGCAACUUUGUACAAAAGUGAUUCGAAAUUCUCUCACUUACGGAAUGGAACAGGAAUUUCAUGUCGUUUUUCAUCGUGCCUUAUUUUGUCAAGUGAAAGCAACUCUAGAGUUAAACAAUGGAACGAAAUUAGAUUACAAUUCGUAUCAACAUUGUAUCAAUACUAACAAUUCCAAACAACGAUAUUCUGGAGGCAUUCUUGGAUUGAGAACUCUUGUGAACGGAAUGAAGGGAAAUCCCUUUUUAUUAGAUUCCAAGCAUUGGAUUGGUUUUGAAGGAAUUUGCAUGGUUGAAAUCAUUUGCAAUCAAUGGAAGGAUCCACAUGGUAUAGAAUUCGAUUCUUUGAAAGGUAUUUCGGUCGGAUGCUUGCACAAACCAAGAUCAUGGAUAUUUAUGCCUGAAAAGAUUUGUUUUUAUUAUCAAACAGAGAACAAUGAAUGUUGUACUGAGGAAUGGAAUUUACUUGGAGAGAUUUCAUGUUGGGAUCCACAACCCAGGUUGUGCAUCAUUCAAGGAGAUCAGUUUGGAGGAAAUUUCUCUCAUGAGAAUGUCAUGUCGUCAUUGUACAAUGAGGAAAAUACCUAUCGAUUGGAUGUGAGUCUUUCUGAAUUCAGUAAUAUCAUUUCCGAACGACGAAUGAAUCAUUUACGAGGUAAUUCCUACAUUCGUUCCAUUAAGGUUAUCGUUUAUGCCUACAAUCAUGGUACCACUCCAUCAUGGCAUCAUUCUCAAGGUGGAAAACCAAGUUGGCUUUUUCUCGAUCAGAUCACUGUGUGGUGA